AUGCCACAUGAUAGCAAACUACCACCCAACAUUCUGCACAUUAUUCAAGAUCUACAGCGGCUUAGUCGGCCGGAGUGGGGAGAUGUUUCCCAGCCACACACCGUCCUCCCUGCAGUACCGCGCACUGCUCAACAUGCGACAGACAGGGCAACAGUUUCAUCAAACAUGACUAAAGUUAUUUUUGGCACCCUGGUAAAUGAGGCCGUCCAGGAAUCGGUGCGGCGAGAAAUCCCCCUAGUGGUGGCGCUCUCGAAGGAAGAUGAGGAUUCGAGGUCUUUUAUAGACGAGUACAUGGUGAAAAACGACCGACUAGAAUCGUUGGCUUCAAAGUUUGUGGCACUUAAAUUGGUCGAUAAGACGCCUGAAGCCACCCAGUUUGCUAGUGUUUUUCAAAAGUUGAUUUUUCCGAGCCUCUACAUUAUUAGCAAGGGAAACCUACGCGAAGUCAUCACCAAAGACGUCAACAAGGAUGAGUAUUUAAACCGAUUAUCAAAACUUUGUGAAGUAUCUGACGAACAUAUUAAACCAAGAGAGAACGCGACGGUGCAGAAUAUGACGAAUAACCCAGUUUCGUCGUCCACUACAACUUUACGCCCAGCCACAAAGAUAUUUUCAACUAAGUCGCAAGCCGAGGAAACCGCUCGGAUAAAGGCACUUAUUGAAGCCGAUAAGCGGGAGCGUAAAUCCGCAAAAUCACUGAAAAGUUUUUGUAUGAAUGAUCACAAUCCACGGGCAUCACUGGCGUCGCCGGUUCCCACUAAUAUGUGUGCACUUUCUAUCAAGCUCCUAGAUGGUACUACUGUACGACAUGAAUUUAAGGCCAAGCAGACAUUGAAUGAUGUGCGCCAGUGGCUUGAUGACGAAAGUGGAUAUACCAUCUUGCCCGAUACAAGCACAUUUCCCGCAUUUGCGGCUACUUCAGAACACCCAACUUCCUACUCCUUCUACACUCCCACCAUACCUCGUAUCACCUAUAGCGUUACCGAUGAGUUCGUUACGCUUUCGGACCUCAAAUUGUGUCCACGCUCGGCUUUGAUACUAAAACCGCUGUAUAUCAACAGACAUGGCUCCUACGCCAAUGGAGAUUCUGGUUCUGUUCUUCGUGGUACCGCUGCGGCACUAAAACGGUUAGGAAAUGCGGUAUUCUCUUUCUUUGACUAUGGUGUCGACGAAGCACUAGAUGCAGUGCAUGACGAGGAUAUAGUGUCUACUAGCGGACAUGGAUCUGAUGAUGAAUCUGUUGAUCCACAUCCUACAUUGCAUUCAUUGCACCGCAGAGAUCAUCGUGAUGGUUCAGACGAAGAUAACGAAGUCAACCUGAACUCUGAAAGAAUGAGUCGGUCUCUGACUCCUAAACUCGGUUUGGCGCCGUCAAUGAGUCGAAUCCAAACCGUUCAAGGUGCCGCUCAAGGUACCACCUCUGGCUUCUCCCAUGAAGACGAGCGUCCACAAGACAUAUAA